AUGUCACUUACCUCAAAUUUCCAUCAACAAUACAAUUUGAGAUAUCAAAUACUCCUCCAGAGAUAUAAUUUACAAAAAAUGAAGUUUUCUUGCAGUACAAGAUUCGCGUCCUUGAUUCUCUUUCUCUUUGCGGCACAAUCCGUGGCAGUCUAUGCCGGUAGCUUCCAUAAAGACGUUCAGAUACAUUGGGGUGAUGGCCGUGGAAAGGUUCGUGACAGAGAUGGAAAGCUUCUUUCUCUCUCACUCGACAAAUCCUCUGGUUCAGGGUUUCAAUCCAAUCAGGAGUUUCUAUAUGGCAAAGCCGAGGUUCAAAUGAAACUUGUGCCUGGUAACUCUGCUGGAACAGUCACAACAUUCUAUCUUAAAUCGCCUGGAACAACGUGGGAUGAGAUCGAUUUCGAGUUCUUGGGAAACAUAAGUGGUCAUCCGUACACUCUACAUACUAAUGUUUACACACAAGGCUCUGGAGACAAAGAACAACAGUUUCAUCUAUGGUUCGACCCAACAGUUAACUUUCACACUUACUGCAUCACAUGGAAUCCCCAAAGGAUUAUUUUUACAGUUGAUGGCAUUCCGAUUAGAGAGUUCAAGAACUCAGAGUCGAUUGGAGUUCCGUUCCCAAAGAAACAACCAAUGAGGCUUUAUGCAAGCCUUUGGGAAGCCGAGCAUUGGGCCACAAGGGGAGGAUUAGAGAAAACAGAUUGGUCAAAAGCUCCUUUUACUGCUUUCUACAGAAACUACAACGUGGAAGGAUGUGUCUGGGCUAAUGGAAAAUCAUCUUGCCCUGCGAACGCCUCAUGGUUCACUCAAAAACUUGAUAUGGAAGGCGAGAAAAAAAUGAAAUGGGCACAGAGUAAGUACAUGGUCUACAACUAUUGCACCGAUAAAAGAAGGUUUCCUCAAGGUGUUCCAGCAGUGUGCACUUGAUUCUUUGAUUGGUGAAUAAGUUACUUGCCAUUGUCCUUGUAACUCAGUCGAGAUUUAUCUAUUAUAUUUAGUUUUCAUUCAUUUGUUGCUCAUAUUCUGUGUGGUGUGUAUGUGUAAGAUUUUUUAAGUAAUAACAAAUAAUAAAUUAU